AAUUUUUUCGGCAUUUUUUAUUAUUUUCAUUAAAUAAUUUAAAAAAUUUUACUGAGCAAUAUUUUUAAGAUUAAAUGAAACGCAGAUAAGUGCGGAAAAUCUGCAAAACGUGGGAAGAACCACAAUUGUCAUAAAAAAAUUUUUUAAUUCAAGCGAGGAUGAGGAAGGCGAUUUUUUGAUGAAUAUAGACAAUUUAGAGAAUGCUGAAAGGUUGAACUUCGACUUUGAAGCUUAUCCUUUAAUUGAUUCUGAUAAAGAUGGCAUUAUCAGCCUAUUAACAGCUCCAGUUGAUUUAAAUUCUUUAGCUGAUAAACUGAUAAAUUUAUUCAACAGGCGCCGUUUGGAUACAGCUGAAGAAUUUGCUGAUGAAGAUGGUGAAGAUUUAAUUUGUGGUAAAUAUGCGUUUGAUAUAUGGGAUUUGUUAAAAAGUCGAGUUCAUAAAUAUAUUGAAGAAAAUAUUAUUAACCAACUGAUAGAAUUAUUUAAUAUGAACUAUUCUGUUGGAUUAUUAAUAAAUGAGCGAUUUCUUUAUUUUCCACCAUCUAUUGCUGCACCUGCUUUUAAUUCUUUGAAAAAUGAUAUGAAAGCAUUUGAAAGUUUCUGUAAUUUCACAACUGUUUUAUUGAUAAUAAAAAUUCGAAUCGCAGAAGCCGCAACGGUAUCAUCUCAAUUUUCUAUUAAAAAGAAGGGUAAGAAGAUGGGAAAAGUAGCGAAAAAGAGGGCAGCUGCAGCUUUUAUUUCUGAUUCCGAUGUGAUCUAUGGCAAUGCUGAGGAGGAAUUAGGUUUAUUUCUAAUCCAAGCGUUUAAUACUAUUGAACGACAAUUCCUUGGUAUUAUGAAUUUUGAUUAUUUCCAAUACCCAGUUCAUUCAGAGGUUGAGAAGGAAUCAAAAUUUGGCUCUUUCGUUGUCAGUGGUGUGAUCUUUUGGCCUUAUCGAAGAAUUUGCUUCUUAAAUAAUGAACAGUUUAAAAAUUUUGUUGAUAAUGUGUCCAUCUUAUGGGCAAGUGGAACAGUCCUUCAAACUCACAAAGUCUUGGAAAUUCAUGUGCAUCUUUGA